AUGAGACUACCGACGAUUCCGCUCUUCUUACUCCCAGUUCUCGCGUCAGCAUCCCCUCUUCACCAUGCUUCUUGUAUUCCGCCACAGGCUUCCUCCAACACUUCAAACACGUACGACUAUAUCGUCACCGGUAGCGGUCCAGGAGGCGGUACAAUCGCCACCAAUCUCGCUCUUGCUGGACACUCCGUUCUGUUGAUCGAGGCUGGAUCAGACGCUUCGUUCGAUAUCCGCACCCAAGUGCUCGCUCUGAAUGACUUCUCCAACACGAAUGUAGCGUGGCAUUUCUUCGUCAAGCAUAGUGAUGACGAGGAGAGAUUGAAGAGCAGUGGCGAAUUGAUGCGGAAGUACUUUGAGAAAAUCGAGCAUAACAACUAUCUCGAACCCGGUACUCCUGGUCACGGCUUUACAGGCUGGCUACAGACGAAUAUUGCUGAUCGAGCUACCCAUGCAGCUGAAGCACUCCGCUUCAAGGUCUUCCAAGCUGGAUUAAAAUUAGCUGGAAAAGAUCCAGAAAAGGUACUGGACUACCUCACCAGCGACGCGAACUAUCUCGCUCCAAUGCGUGACCAGACAGAGGGUCUGUCGUCACUGCCAUUCCAUGUCACGCCCGACUGGAAGCGCUUCAGCCCACGCGACCGUAUCUUGGAAUUGCGCAACCUAACGAAUUCGAAUGGAACGCUGAAGUACCCGCUACAUCUCCAGCUUGAGUCUUUGACCACAAAGGUGCUAUUCGACGAAUGCAGUGGCAAUGGCACAAAGCCGCGAGCAAUUGGGGUUGAAUACUUGCAAGGCAAGUCCGUAUACAAGGCCGACCCACGUCGUAACACCUCCACCACCAGUACACUGCACCAAGCUUUCGCUCGAAAAGAAGUCAUCGUAGCUGGUGGUGCCUUCAACUCGCCGCAGAUCCUACAGCUCUCUGGUAUCGGGCCCAAAGCCCUUCUCGAUAAGUACAACAUCCCUGUAAUCUCUGACUUACCGGGUGUGGGCCGCAACCUCCAGGACAACUACGAGGUACCCAUUUACGGGAACGCCCAAAUCAGCUUCGCAAAGACACCUGAUCCCAAUGCACCAAAAUGCACAAACGGAUCACCCGACGAUCCAUGUAUUGAACUUUGGUACAAUGGCCAAGGACCCUACGCGCGCGGCGGCACAAACUCAAACGCGUUCCUCCUCAAGACAGCUCAUGCGGUCGAAGGCGAAAGAGACGAGCUAAUGUUCGGCUUCACGGGGGGCUCCUUUACAGGCUUUGCGCCACCAACGUCUCAAAACACCACACGGUACCCUCCCACAACAUUCUCUUGGUCCACUGUCAAGAUUCAUCCACAGAACACUGCCGGAUACGUCCAGAUCCGAUCAGCCGACCCGGUAGACACACCGGAAGUGAACCUGAACUACUUCGCCGAAGGCGCAGAAACAGAUCUAAACGCUAUGCUCGAUACGGUCGCUUUCGUCCGUAGAGCGUUUGCUUCCACCGAAGCACCGGUCGGCCCUGUAACACCUGUUUCUCCACCCUGUCCGCCUGCUGAUAUCCUUGAGACGGGCUACUGCCGUGACGUGCAGAUUGAUAGGGAGUGGAUCAAAGAUCAGGUCUUCGGUCACCAUCCCACAAGCACGAACAAGGUCGGCCCAGAUUCUGAUCCUAUGGCUGUGUUGGACACGAGGCUGAGGGUCAGAGGGGUUGAAGGGCUGCGGGUUGUGGAUGCAAGUGCGUUUCCUAGAUGUCCGGGUGCGUUUCCGGCGGUUAGUACGUUUUUGUUGAGUGAGCGGGCGACGGAUCUGGUGUUGGAGGAUGUGGGCAAGUGGUGA